AUGGAGAGCAGCGACUACGCUUCGGACAACACGUCAGAGUAUCGGGAGAGUGAGAAUGAAGGCUGCGGGAACGGAAUCCAGCCAGCAAUAGUCGAACCUCCUCCUCCACCACCAUCACCACCUCCUCCUGUUCAGGAAUCCGUCACUGAAUGCACUGUGGUCACUGAUCUGCCUGUAGAGAAGGCACCAACGUCGACGGUACCGGUGUCACCUAAAGUGGAGCAUUGCAAAGUUCUGCCACCAAAAGUAAAACCGCCAGUAGCACGGUCACCGUCUCCCAAACUGAGACCUCCGCCACCGAAAGCUCCCUCACCAGCGCCGUCGAUGAAGGCUUGCCAGCUUAGGAAGAGUCGAGAGGAUUGCAGUAAGCCAUCACAAUUGAUGCCACCAGUGAAAAGGAAUCUGUCGAACGGAAGAAUUGCUCCUGCACGAACGAUGGAGACUUCAUCCGGUCCUCCGGAGAUCGUUGAGGCGAGAGUGUCGCGUAUACCGAAACGAACGGAUAGCAUAAAAACGCCAAUCAUCGAAAGAAAAUUGCCUCCAUUGCCAAAAUCUGUGACGCAGCGUAGUCAUAGUGCCGAGGAAAAGAGUCGCGAGGAUGUGUGGAGUCGACUGUACACGGACAAGCGAAACAUGCUUCGAAAGACCCGCGAUGUCGACUCGGCUAGAGCUUCAACCGCAGAGCACGACAUCACCACAACGAUGCCUUCGCCUUUGCCGUCACCGUCAGGACAGCUUCGUCCUCCCACUGAUUUCAGGUUCAGUGCAUUAGACGCCGUACACAGGGAACGACUUGCUGCUAAUCAGGCGAUACUCGAUCGACAAACCGAAGAGCUGAGACAAUUGGGUGUAUUGUAA